CCAAAAACAAUGAGUGUUCUACAACCACCAAGCUUCAGCUCUUCCCUAACACUCCACUGUGCUUCCAGAAGAAAGAAAAACAGAAUACGAGAACAACAAAAACAGAAGCAAAUUUUAAAAAACAAGAAAAACAUCUUGUCCUCUUACCCAAAAUCAUCCCCAACUCCACUGCUAAUCACCCACAAACCAUUACCCCAAAAUAAACUUCAAGCCUUAGACACCCUCAUUAAAGACCUCGAAACCUCUAUUCAGAAAGGCAUUACCAUAGACACUGAAACCUUCUCUUCGCUACUCGAAGUAUGUUACCAAUUAAAAUCCAUUAAUCACGGAAUUAAGCUUCAUAGUCUCAUACCCACAUACAUUUUACGCAAAAACGUCGGCGUUUCAGCAAAACUGUUGAGGUUAUACGCGUCGUGCGGCGAUAUAGAUAACGCUCACCAACUGUUCGAUCAAAUGCCAAAGAGAAAUUCAUUUGCGUUUCCUUGGAAUUCGCUUAUAUCGGGAUAUGCCGAAUUGGGUCAAUAUGAAGAUGCCAUAGCGCUUUACUUUCAAAUGGAGGAAGAGGGUAUUGAACCAGACCGGUUUACGUACCCUCGUGCUUUGAAAGCUUGCGCUGGACUCGGGUCAAUUCAGGUCGGUGAGGCGGUGCACCGUGGCGCGGUACGUUUUGGAUUUGGUUAUGAUGGAUUUGUGCUUAAUGCGCUUGUUGACAUGUAUGCAAAAUGUGGUGACAUCGUUAAGGCUAGAAGAAUUUUUGACAAGAAUGAUGACAAGGACUUGAUUUCUUGGAAUUCAAUGUUGAUUGGUUAUAUUCGUCACGGGCUUUUAAUUGAGGCAUUGGAUAUAUUCGGUGGGAUGGUUCAAAAUGGAUUUGAACCCGAUUCAGUGGCUAUAUCAGCCAUUCUUGCUAAUGUGUCAUUAAAGAUUGGUGUUCAAAUUCAUGGGUGGAUUCUUAGGCGUGGAGUUGAAUGGAAUUUGUCUAUUGCUAACUCUUUGAUUGUUUUAUAUUCUAAUAGCGGAAAGUUGGAUCGAGCAAGUUGGUUAUUUGGUCACAUGCCUGAAAAAGAUGUUGUGUCAUGGAAUUCUAUAAUUUCUGCUCAUCGUAAGAACCCUAAAGUGUUAAUGUAUUUUGAGGAGAUGGAGAAGGAUGGUGUCUUGCCAGAUAAUAUCACAUUUGUGUCGUUACUAUCGGCUUGUGCUCAUUUAGGUAUGGUGAAGGAUGGAGAGAGAUUGUUUUCUAUUAUGAGAGAGACGUAUGGAAUUAGCCCAAGAUCACAACACUAUGCAUGUAUGGUGAAUCUGUAUGCACGGGCAGGAAUGAUUGACGAGGCUUAUGCAAUGAUAGUUGAGAAAAUGGAGGUUGAGGCUGGUCCAACUGUGUGGGGAGCAUUAUUAUACUCUUGCUAUCUUCAUGGGAAUGUAGAGAUUGGGGGGAUUGCUGCUCAAAAGCUUUUUGAUUUGGAGCCUGAUAAUGAACAUAAUUUCGAACUUUUAAUGAGGAUUUAUCGCAAUGCAGGUAGGUUGGAGGAUGUAGCGGAAGUGGAAACAAUGCUAUUGGACAGAGGAUUGAUAUAGUAGACUGCCAUGUAGAGUCAUGUUUUGAUAUUGAGAAGCGAGAAACGAAACUGGCCCUAAAAUCUCUGGCUUAUCGAAGAGGAAGUAUGAGUUGUGUUAGAAGGGGUAAACUUAAAUAUUGCUGGUUAUUGAUAUCCAUGGGACAGAUGAAACACCACUAUACUUUUUAUCUUCCUCCAUCGAUCAUUUAGUGGAUUCUGGGGAAGUUGUGAGUUGCUCAAGGCCCCACCACUCACCAGGUUGUCUGCUGUUCACAGGAGUACCAUUGUACAAGAACUUAGAAAGCCUUGGAAAUGUCAAAAUAUUAACUACGGAAAACUCAGUGAAUGCAUAUGGACUUGAAGUAGAAGAAAAAAUAAUAAUGGGAGCAAAUUAUUGUGUAAAUGUGUAAUGUAAAGAUUAAAGCGAAAAGGAUA